GAUAAACUCAGUAGGGACUUAGUUUCCAGGCGCAUCACUUGGAAUGGUGUUUUCGGGUCCAAGAGGAAUAUUUGCCUUUGUUUUCCCUCCAUUCUGUCCGCCGAUAGCUUAGCUGCGAGUGAAAUUAUUUUAGCUUUCACCAAAUACUGUGGCAGUUUUCUGGCGUGCGUGGCCAAAGAUAACCAUACUUAAACUAUUUCGGCAGUUUUGUGCGUGAUUCAGCAAGGCGGGUCAUGAAGAACAGUGAUGGUUUCACAGCAUGUGUGGCAGCACCCUUAUUUCUUCUCUGUAUGCUAAUUCCCGUCCAACUCGGCCCAGGCAUCCAGGCGGUCAGAGCUGUGCGGAUCAGAGUCCAUGGCUUCCAGAGCUGCCCCCUGCCACACCUGGACAACGGCCGCGUGACUAUCCGCUCCAGGAACCGCGCCGCCGUGUUCAGGUGCGGCCGCAAGUACCAGAUGUACGGACAGAAGUACUCCACGUGCGUCAGAGGCCACUGGACGUCCCCUGCUCCGGUAUGCGUCCGACCUGGCUGCACAAUACCUUCGCUGCGGAACGGAGACGUCCUGUCGGACGACCAGUACCAGUCGGCCGUGCUGAACUUCAGCUGCGACCCCGGCUACAAGCUGGGCGGGUCGGCGGUCGUGUACUGCGACGGCCGCAGCUGGAACUCCUCGGCGCCGGCCUGCGAAGCCGACUACGAGGCGGCGCAGGCGCGCUGCGACUUCGAGGCGGCGGACGUGUGCGGGUGGGCGCAGGAGCAGCUGCCCGCGGACGGAGUGCGGUGGUUCCGGCAGAACGGCCCCACGCCGUCGCGCCACGUGGGGACGGGACCGGCCCACGACCACACGCUCGGGCCGGGCCGCCUCGGAUAUUACUUGUACAUGGAGACGUCUAUUCCACGUGGCUUGAGCAGCAAAACAAGGAUAUACUCUCCGGUUUACAGCCCGAAACUGUCAGAGGAUGCCUGCUUCACCUUCUGGUAUCACAUGUACGGACUAUCUACUGGUUCCUUGAACGUGUACAUCAAACCAGAGGGAAAGAAGAUACAAAACUUAAAGCCUGUGUUCCAAAAGAAAGGUGAACAGGGAGAUGUCUGGCUUGAAGGAUUCUUCAAAAUAAGCAAAUUAGAAGUUCCUUUCCAGAUUGUUAUAGAAGGUGUACGAGGAGAGAGUUUUUUGAGUGACAUCGCAAUAGAUGAUGUGGAAAUUGAAAAUGGACCCUCGUGCAACCGUUUCUCAAGUCUGACUACUACAGAAGCAACAACACACCUGCAAAGUAACUACAGCGAGAAUGGCAUCAAGAAUCCCCAGAGUUGCAGAGGACGGUGCGGGGAGCCACUGUACUUGUUGAGGAGCACCACUGCCUUCGCUGCCUCCACGGAACUCACCACGAGCAAAGUACCAGAACUCAUCACGUGCGACUGUCACGCGAGUUGUGCGGACAGCAACACCUGCUGCUCGGACUUCCACAUCUACUGCAUACGAGCCCUAAACUACUCCAUUCCUCCUCUGCCUCUUACCACUACGACUAAAUUAAAAAAUGAUUCAGGAUUCACACCUUCAUUUUUUAUAACCCCUGCACAGUUUUCUCCUACAAAAAUAUCGGAUAUUGAGGGGCCAUACACAAACACACCACUGCCAAGAUACUUUACAUCAAGAACACCGGAAAACAGUCACAGCAGUGCAUCAUCGAGUAAACAAACAUGGAUGCCAUCUCAUUUAACGACCGAAGGACCUUCUGUGCACCCUGCAUCUAUGUAUGAACCACCGGUGACCACAGAUCAAUCAUCUGGAACAAUAGGUAGGAUUUUCUUCAGCUCUGAGCCCGCACAGGUUUUCUCUCCCAUCGACACUCAAACAACGCACCACGCCACGACUCGGCCGACUGCCCCAACUCGUCGCUAUACAGUCACUGGAGCUACAACCCACCCAACUAGGGUCACCACUCGCCCCACCACUCGAGCUACAACUCGCCCCACCACACGAGCUGCAACUCGCCCCACCACCCGAGCUACAACUCGCCCCACCACCCGAGCUUCAACUCGCCCCACCACCCGAGCUACCACUCGCCCCACCACACGAACUGCAACUCGCCCCACUACCCGAGCUUCAACUCGCCCCACCACCCGAGCUACCACUCGCCCCACCACACGAACUGCAACUCGCCCCACCACCCGAGCUGCAACUCGCCCCACCACUCGAGCUGCAACUCGCCCCACCACUCGCCCCACCACCCGCUUCACGAAACGCACCAACGCCCGCACACCUGUUCUCUUCACCAAGCCAACCCCUCACAAGUGGCCAGCUGUGAGAUCACGUGCUACAACAGCGCUGCCAACUGUGCACCGGACAACGCAUGCAGCUUUUGAACGCGCAACUGCUUCAAGUACCCGAGCUACUUCCAUGCCGGUGACUCCAGGAUCGACAACAAUGACAGGCUUGCUGGUGCCGCGCAUCUCGGCCGAGCAACGGAAAGAGAAGUCGGCGCUGCCGCUGGCGCUGGGCGGGACGGUGGCCGCCAUCUUGUCGUGCGUGUGCGCGGCCGCGCUCGCCUUCGCGGUGCUGAGGCGCAGGCGCCGCAACAGACGCCGCGACGACCUGUCGGACGACUCGGACGUGCGCUUCCUCACGGCGGACGAGAUCCUCGACUUCACCCUGGCCACGCCCAAGGAGUACCGCGACGACGACGUCUGAGCGCCCCGCCCACAUGCCCGCCCUCGAGAGCCUUUCAGCCGUGGACCUGUUCUUGUAUCGUGCACAGGACUGCCCGAACACACUGUUCCUAACAUAAGAACGCGCGUUUGCCUUCAAAUGGUAGGCCAGCGAACAUGCGCCGUUGUUUAAAUUAACAAUUUUAGGGACAAUUUUUACGUAUAACAAUUUAACACUUAAUUAAAGCAAUAGGUACACAAAGUUAUGAGAAACUCGCCAACUGUGCCAGCCAUUACACCUUUUUUUAUACAAUUCUAUUGGCAAAUAAACCGUUCAGCAUAAGACACAAAAAAAAAUCUUAUAUCGUCCCGAAUGCAGUUGACACGUACCUAGUUGAGAUUACAAACUCUUGUAUCACUUUGUACAUCUGAGUUUGGAUUCAGUAGGUGUUUGAUAUCCAGCGAAUAGUCCACUUAAUUGUUUACUGCAAAAAAACGAGGAAAAAAAAUAAUUUUAUAAAUUUUAAUUAAGCUUAUAUUUGCUAGGUAAAACUGAUUAUGAAUUUUCUGUAACAAAAAUCGGUCUUCAUGAUAUCAGCAGUCCAAUCACUACGUUAGUUGUUUCCUUACGUUAGUGGUCCAUGCACCACCCCCACAGCAUGAAUCCUCCUCAGUUUCGAUGUUCUGAAACCCUGAUGACGGCAUGGGCGAUCACACUAGAUGGCAUGGGCCCUGUCCACCAAGGUCGGGGUGAACCCAUUGUCCCGCUUCUAUUCGGACCCGCGCUGGCCCAUUUCGUUUUUAAUUCCGUUGUUAGAUAUACGGACGUUACUGGUGAAAAGGAAAAUUUAAAGUGCUGGUCAAUACAAUAUCCAGGUCAUGAUGUCGUAUAAGAAAACAUUUCUUAGAUGUUAUUGCCUUACAUCAUAAUAACCCGAUUUUACCGUAAUUUAAUCGUUAGAAUAUUUUAAGCCAAACCGAGAAUAAUUUUUUUUCUCAGGAAAGAAUACAAAAACAUUUAUCGAGAUAAAUAAGCAAAAGCAAUAAUGAAAUUUAAGUUCCAGAUUGGCUUUAAAAAUUUGUUUUGAAGAGUUUAUUUUUCAAAUUUUCAAAUGUUAUGCCAGUGCUCCGCGAGGUGAUGUCCAUCGGAAGUUAUGGGUUGAAUGAGUUGAGGAGGAUGAAUUUUUUUAUAAGUUAGCAUGAAAAAACAGCACUGUUGACUGAAUUUUUGUGACUCAAAGAGGUACGAAUACUUUGAAGCGAAGUUUAUAACUAAUCUUUUGAAAUUCUGUUCUAAAAUUUGCAAAUAUCACAGUUAUUAAUAAAAAACAAAUAAACCGUUGUGUAUCGUUGCUUUAUUUCAUUACUAAAGCUUUUAUAAAACAAAAACGUUGCCCAUUCCUGAACUUGGAUUGGGAAAGUGUUAAACGUUACUGCAUAAAGUGGUGAGUUUUAAAUACAAAACCAAACCCAGUUGUGCGGAAAAUGUAAAACACUAUUUAUGUAUCGUUUGUAUGUUAAUGGAUGAGCGUGUGUUUUUCGACAUUCUUAAUAUUUAUGUGGUUUUCUGCAAUUCAUAUAGUUUGAUACUAAACUUGUGUAGAUAGUUACUUUGUAUAUACCUCACAACAGAUUAAAUUGGUCUAAAAGUUU